UUGGGGGGGGGGGGGGGGGGGGGGGGGCUGGCUAUGGGAAGGCGAACGAGUGGUCAGCGGGGGCUACUAGCCCUCCUGGGGCUGACGGUGGCCCUGGCUGGCUGCGGGGCGACCUGCCCCGAGCGGGAGCUGGAGAGGAGGGAGGAAGAGGCCAACGUGGUGUUGACGGGGACGGUGGAGGAGAUCAUGAACGUGGACCCGGUGCACCACACCUACUCCUGCAAGGUGAGAGUCUGGAGGUACCUGAAAGGCAAAGACAUUGUCACCCAUGAGAUCCUCCUGGAUGGUGGCAACAAGGUGGUGAUCGGUGGCUUUGGGGACCCUUUAAUCUGUGACAACCAAGUCUCCACGGGGGACACCAGGAUUUUCUUUGUCAACCCUGCCCCCCAGUACCUGUGGCCAGCACACCGGAACGAGCUGAUGCUCAACUCCAGCCUGAUGAGGAUAACCCUGAGGAACCUGGAGGAGGUGGAGCACUGUGUGGAAGAUAAACCCAACAGUUACUUCACCCAGACACCACCAACACCUCGAGAUGGGUGCCGAGGGAUGCUCUGCGGGUUCGGGGCCGUGUGUGAGAGGAGCUCCACAGACCCCUCCCAGGCUUCCUGUGUCUGCAAGAAGACAGCUUGUCCCCUGGUGGUGGCUCCAGUCUGUGGUUCUGACUAUUCCACCUACAGCAACGAGUGUGAGCUGGAGAAAGCCCAGUGCAACCAGCAGAGGAGGAUCAAAGUCAUCAGCAAGGGACCCUGCGGUUCCAAGGACCCUUGCUCAGAGGUGACCUGCAGUUUUGGCAGUACCUGUGUCCUCUCAGCCGAUGGCCAGUCAGCCACCUGUGCCUGUCCCUCGUCCUGCAGCGGCGUUCCCGACAGCCCCGUCUGCGGCAGCGAUGGCAGGGACUACCCCAGCCUGUGUGCCCUCAACAAGCACGCCUGUGACAAGCAGGAAAACAUUUUCAAGAAGUUCGAUGGCACCUGUGACCCGUGUAAAGGUGUCCUGAACGACAUGAACCGGGUGUGCCGGGUCAACCCCCGAACCCGCCGGGCCGACCUGCUGGCCCGACCCGAGAACUGUCCCCAGAAGAGGGAGCCGGUGUGCGGGGACGAUGGGGUGACAUACGAGAACGAGUGCGUGAUGCUGCGCUCCGGGGCCAUCCGGGGGCUGGAGAUCCAGAAGGUCCGGUCAGGGCAGUGUCACCAGCAGGACAAAUGCCAGGAGGAGUGCAAGUUCAACUCCAUCUGCCUCAACCGCCGGGGGUCCCCACGCUGCUCCUGCGACCGCAUCUCCUGCGACGGCGCCUUCCGCCCCCUCUGUGGCCGCGACAGCCGCACCUACAGCAACGACUGCCAGCGCCGCCAGGCUGAGUGCCACCAGAGAACUGCCAUCCCCAUCCAGCACCAGGGACCCUGUGACCUGGGCACACCCAGCCCCUGCCUGAGUGUGGAGUGUACUUUUGGGGCCAGGUGUGUGGUGAAGAACCAGGAGGCCGUGUGUGAGUGCCAGCACCUCUGCCAGGGCCGCUACGACCCCGUUUGCGGCAGCGACAACCGCACCUACGGCAACCCCUGCGAGCUCAGCUCCAUGGCUUGUGUCCUCAAGAGGGACAUCAAAAUCAAACACAAAGGACCCUGUGAGCGUUGUGGGAAGUGCCAGUUCGGGGCCAUCUGCGAGGCAGAGACGGGGCGGUGUGUCUGUCCCACUGAGUGUGUCCCCUCCUCCCAGCCCGUCUGUGGCUCUGAUGGCAACACCUAUGGCAGCGAGUGUGAGCUCCAUGUCAGGGCCUGCACCCAACAGACCAACAUUUUGGUGGCUUCCCAAGGAGACUGCAAGUCCUGUGGCAGCAGCCUCUGCUCCUUCGGCAGCCGCUGCGUGGCCGGGCAGUGCGUGUGUCCCCGCUGCCAGGGACAGUCCCCAGCCCCCCUGUGUGGCAGUGAUGGCAUCACCUACCCCAACCCCUGCGAGCUCCAGGUGGCCUCCUGCCAGCAGCAGAAGAGCAUCGAGGUGGUCAGGAUGGGGCCGUGUGAGGACGAGUGUGGCUCGGGGGGCUCAGGCUCAGGUGAUGGCAGUGAGUGUGAGCAGGAUCGGUGCCGGCACUACGGGGGUUGGUGGGAUGAGGAUGCUGAGGAUGAGCCCUGUGUCUGUGACUUCACCUGCCUGGCACUGCCACGCAGCCCGGUCUGUGGCUCUGACGGGGUCACCUACACCAACGAGUGUCACCUGAAGAAGACACGCUGUGAAAAACGCCAGGACCUCCAUGUCACCAGCCAAGGACCCUGCCCUGCCCUUGCCACAACCCCACCACCUCUCCUGGUUGUGCACUGCAGCCAGACCAUCUAUGGGUGCUGCCCAGACAACGUGACCUUGGCACUUGGAGUGGGUGCAGCUGGAUGCCCAAGCACCUGUCAGUGCAAUCCCUAUGGUUCCUACGGGGGGUCCUGUGACCCAGGCACGGGGCAGUGCUCCUGCAAGCCCGGUGUGGGGGGGCUCAAGUGCGACCGCUGCGAGCCCGGCUUCUGGAAUUUCCGUGGCAUCGUCACUGACAGCAAGAGUGGCUGCACCCCCUGCAGCUGCGACCCGGUGGGCUCGGUCCGUGAUGACUGUGAGCAGAUGACUGGGCUGUGCUCCUGCAAGACUGGGAUCACUGGCAUGAAAUGCAACCAGUGCCCCAAUGGCAGCAAACUGGGCAUGACUGGCUGUGAGAAAGAUCCAUCAGCCCCUAAAUCCUGUGAGGAGAUGAGCUGUGAGUUUGGGGCUUCAUGUGUGGAAGUCAAUGGGUUUGCCCACUGUGAGUGUCCAUCCCCACUCUGCUCGGAGGCCAACAUGACCAAGGUGUGUGGCUCUGAUGGUGUCACCUAUGGGGACCAGUGCCAGCUGAGGACCAUUGCCUGCAGGCAGGGCCAGCUCAUCACAGUGAAGCACACGGGGCAGUGCCAUGAGUCCAUCACACACACCAGCCACACCUCCCCACCCACAGUGCUGCCCACACUGCCCCUGGACAAGCUCAUUCCUCCUCCACCACUGCAGCUCACCACCCAGGCUCCAGAACCUCCGGAGCUGGCUACCAGCUCCCCAGAUUUGGAAGCCAAACCUACUGAAAGAAUUCACCCUCCAACGAGGCACAGCAUGACCACCAGACCCCCCACCACUCCAGGGGUGACCCAGGGGGGGUACCAGACCACUGUCCACCCUCUCUCCACUGCUCCAGUGGCCCUGGCCACCACCCAGCCUGCAUCCAGUGAAUCAGGCAGUGCAGAAGGCAGUGGGGACCAAGAGAUGGGAAGCAGUGGAGACCAAGAAUCCAGUGGGGCAGGUUCUGCUGGAGAGGAGGAGGUGGAGGAAAGCCAAGUGACUUCCACCCCAGCCAUUGAGAGGGCCACGUGUUACAACACCCCCCUGGGAUGCUGCUCGGAUGGCAAGACCCCAGCUGCUGAUGCAGAAGGCACCAACUGUCCAGCUACCAAAGUCUUCCAAGGAGUCCUCAUCUUGGAGGAGGUGGAAGGCCAGGAGCUGUUCUACACCCCUGAGAUGGCUGACCCCAAAUCUGAGCUCUUUGGGGAGACUGCCAGGAGCAUCGAGAGCGCGCUGGAUGAGCUUUUCCGUAAUUCUGAGGUCAAGAAGGAUUUCAGGAGCAUCCGUGUCCGAGACCUGGGGCAGAGCAGUGCUGUCCGUGUCAUCGUGGAGUCCCACUUUGACCCAGCCACUUCCUACACAGCAGCUGAUGUCCAAGGGGCCCUGCUGAAGCAGAUCAGAGCUUCCAAGAAGAAAACCAUUUUGGUGAAGAAGCCCCAGCAGGACCAUGUCAAAUUUAUGGACUUUGACUGGAUCCCCAGGCUCUUCACCACCACCCUGACCACCACCACGGCCACCACCAUGGCACCAGCCACCACCCGGAGGUACAGCACGGCUGCUGCCACCACCACCAGCCACCUCCUGCACCCUGCCACCACGGGGAGACCCAGUGCCAAGCUGGCAGGAGCUGGGAGAGCCACCAGGAGACCCAGCACCUCCACCUUCCCUGCCACCACCACCGCCCGCCGCAAGCCCCCCCCCACCAAGAAGCCCCCCAGGCCCUGUGACUCCCACCCCUGCCUCCAUGGGGGCACCUGUGAGGAUGAUGGAAAGGAUUUCACCUGCAGCUGCCCAGCGGGCAAAGGAGGAGCUGUCUGUGAGAAAACUAUCAGGUACUUCAUCCCCAGCUUUGGUGGCAAGUCCUACCUGGCCUUCAAGAUGAUGAAGGCUUACCACACCGUGCGCAUCGCCAUGGAGUUCCGGACCCUGGAGCUCACUGGGCUCCUGCUCUACAACGGGCAGAACCGAGGCAAAGAUUUCAUCUCCCUGGCACUGGUUGGUGGCUUCGUGGAGCUGAGGUUCAACACAGGCUCUGGGACGGGUGUCCUCACCAGCAAGGUCCGUCUGGAGCCUGGGAGGUGGCACCAGUUGGUUGUGAACCGCAACCGGCGGUCGGGAAUGCUCUCGGUGGAUGGAGAACCCCACAUCAGUGGGGAGAGCCCCACUGGCACCGAUGGCCUCAACCUGGACACGGAUCUCUUCAUUGGAGGAGCUCCAGAAGACCAAAUGGCUGUGGUGGCAGAGAGGACAGGAGCUACGAGUGGCCUGAAGGGCUGCAUCCGCCUCCUGGAUGUCAACAACCAGAUGUACGACCUGCGGGAGAAGGGCAGCGACGUCCUCUAUGGCAGUGGGGUGGGGGAGUGUGGCAAUGACCCCUGCCACCCCAAUCCCUGCCACCACGGGGGCAUCUGCCACGUCAAGGAGGCCGAGAUGUUCCACUGCCAGUGUCUCGACACCUACACCGGCCCCACCUGUGCUGACGAGAGGAACCCCUGUGAGCCUUCACCCUGCCACAUCUCUGCCACCUGCCUGGUGCUCCCAGAGGGAGGUGCCUUGUGUGCCUGUCCCAUGGGUCGGGAAGGAGACUUCUGCGAGCGAGUGACAGAGCAGGACCACACCAUGCCCUUCCUCCCGGAAUUCAAUGGCUUCUCCUACCUGGAGCUGAACGGGCUGCAGAGCUUCGUUCCUGACCUCCAGGACAAAAUGUCCAUGGAAGUUGUGUUCCUGGCCAAGAACCCCAGUGGGAUGAUCUUCUACAACGGGCAGAAGACAGAUGGCAAAGGGGACUUUAUCUCCCUGGCUUUACACGAUGGUUACUUGGAGUACAGAUACGACCUGGGCAAAGGGGCAGCCGUGCUCAGGAGCAAAGAGCCAGUGCCCCUCAACACCUGGAUGAGUGUCUGGCUGGAGAGGAACGGGCGCAAAGGGGUCCUGAGGAUCAACAACGGCGAGAGGGUGAUGGGAGAAUCCCCGGUGCCUCACACCUUCCUGAACCUGAAGGAGCCAUUCUAUGUGGGGGGAGCCCCUGAUUUCAGCAAGCUGGCUCGAGCAGCUGCCAUCUCCACCAGCUUUGAGGGAGCUGUGCAGAGGAUCUCCAUCAAGGGGGUGCCCGUACUGAAGGAGCAGAACAUCCGCAGUGCCAUCGAGAUCUCCCCCUUCCGUGGCCACCCCUGCACCCAAAAACCCAACCCCUGCCAGAAUGGGGGCACCUGCAGCCCCAGGAUGGAGAGCUAUGAAUGUGCCUGCCAGAGGGGCUUCUCUGGGGCUCACUGUGAGGAAGUGCUCAUUGAGAAGGCUGCUGGAGAUGCAGAGGCCAUUGCUUUUGAUGGCAGGACAUACAUGGAGUACCACAAUGCUGUGACAAAGAGUGAGAAGGCUUUGCAAUCCAACCACUUUGAGCUGAGCAUCAAGACAGAAGCCACCCAGGGGCUGAUCCUGUGGAGCGGGAAGGGGUUGGAGCGCUCGGAUUACAUCGCCUUGGCCAUCGUGGAUGGGUUUGUGCAGAUGACUUAUGACCUGGGCUCCAAGCCCGUGGUCCUACGCUCCACCAUCCCCAUCAACACCAACCAAUGGAUCCACAUCAAAGCCUUCAGGGUACAGAGAGAAGGUUCCCUUCAAGUUGGCAACUCAGCUAGACACAGAUGGGGCCCUGUGGCUGGGGGGGAUGGAGAAGCUGAGCAUGGCUCACAAGCUGCCCAAAGCCUACAGCACUGGUUUCGUGGGCUGCAUAAGGGACGUGGUUGUGGAUCGCCAAGAACUUCACCUGGUGGAGGACGCUUUAAACAACCCCAGGAUAUUACACUGCUCAGCCAAAUAGACCCCCAGGGGACCCUCCCUUCUCCUCCCCCCCCUCCUGCCUAUUGCUUCAAUCCAGGUCAGUCAAAGAGCAGCAGCAACAAAGAACAAACCUUGAACCAAGUCUCCAAGAAGUGACAGAAGAACUUCCCCAUUGCACCUGCAUUGUAAAUCUUGAUUCAUACUUGAAGCUUCUUUUUUGGGGGUGAUGUUUUGUUUCAGUAAUUUUUUUUUUUUUCCCUCCUCCUUCCUUGUGUUCUUGGGUGGUCGUUCAUGCCUUGGAGGAGGGGGGGAAAGGAUCCUGGUGCUGGGAGAUGUUUGGUCCUCAAGGAUUCCUCACCUUCCCAGCUCAGGCUUGGCCCCAAAGCCCCCCAUGAGCUGGGAAAGUGGCCACUGGAGAGAAGCAGGAAUUGCCACCCCACUUUGGGGCUUCUCCGUGGCCCUGUGUUCACCCCAUCCCACUCCUCCUCCCCUUCCUCUCACUAUAAUUUAUGUGUGUAAGAAUCUCAAGUGCUUUUCUC